GUUGCGCAGACCAGUACAACUAAGUACUACCGAAUCCGCAGAACUGAUCCCAACGCCUCUAACAAUGGACUAAAAUAUCUAGGCUAAGGAAAAAGGAAAAACUGCGAAACAUGCUAUGAUUUUUACAUUUAAACUUGUUGAACUACUUUAAUUAAUUACAUUUCUUUUCGUUAUUUAAACCGCAUUAAGGACUAAAUGGAAUACAAUGCAACUGUCUAUUAAAAUAUCUCUCAGCUAUAUUCAUUUAAAAUUUUGAAACUGAAUGGAGAUGUAAAUGGCUAAAUGAUACCCUGCUUACAAGCCAGCUUAACAAAUUUUAUAUAUAAAAAGGAAAAGUGCCUUCCCUUAACCACUAUAUAAUUUUUGAAUGGAAUAAGUGAUCACUAAAGCGAAAUUUCAGAUGGACUAAUACUAACUUCAAUUAAAAAACAAUUAUCUUUUGUCAGUGUGGGAAAACGCCAAACAAUAUGAAUGAAGACAUUACGUUAAACAGCGACUAGCUGCUCGUCAGGGAUGGAGCGUCCAAGCCAGCUGAACCCGACGCCUGUCAUUUAUGUCGGAAUACUGGACACUUCAGCCAACGACACCAAUUCCAAUUACACAUCCAAACCUGGCGGGGCAUCUCCCAAUCUUGCUUUUCAGGCCGGCUUAGGUGCAACCCUGUCCGUCAUAACUUUUGCCACUACGUUGUCUAACGCGUUCGUAAUAGCCACCAUUUACCAGUCCAGGAAACUGCACACUCCUGCGAACUUCCUUAUAGCCUCGCUGGCGGUCACGGAUCUGUUAGUGUCCAUCCUGGUGAUGCCCAUAAGUGUCGUGUACACAGUGAGCCACACAUGGACAUUAGGACAGAUCGUCUGCUACAUUUGGUUAUCUUCAGACAUAUCCUGCUGCACGGCGUCUAUCCUUCACUUGUGCGUAAUUGCGCUGGAUCGCUACUGGGCGAUAACUGAUGCCAUCGAGUACUCCAAAAAGCGGACCACAGCCCGGGCUGCCGGGAUGAUAGUUACCGCCUGGGUCAUAGCCAUCUCCAUCUCCCUGCCGCCCCUAUACUGGCGCCAUGUGAAAGCCGAGGAGCUGAACAGUUGCAACGUGAACAAUGACAACAUUUUCUACACUAUCUAUUCAACUUUUGGGGCAUUCUACAUCCCCACCUUGCUACUUAUAGUGCUCUACGGUAGGAUCUACGUCGAGGCCAGGAAAAGGAUCCUAAAACAGCCGCUGAAAAAAGAGGGGAAGAGGCUCACUUCGGCGCACUUGAUCGAGGACUCGCCGGGAUCCGCGGCGUCCGGCACGUCCCCGAACUACGGCACGCAGGAAAUCACCGCGCGCGAACGCGCUCCGUCCGGCAGCCCGACCCAGGUGAAGGUGACCGUGUCGGACUCGCUUUUAGAGAAAAAGAGGAUCUCUGCUGCGAGGGAGAGAAAAGCCACCAAAACUUUGGGGAUAAUCCUGGGCGCCUAUAUCAUAUGCUGGUUGCCGUUUUUUAUUUACACGCUGUUGGUGCCAAUAUGUACAUCAUGCAUGUACCCAGAGUUGUUUGAUGUAUUCACCUGGCUUGGUUAUCUCAAUUCUUUAAUAAAUCCGAUCAUUUAUACUAUGUCAAAUGAAGAUUUUAAGAAGGCUUUUCACAAACUAAUACGUUUUAGAUGCUGUCUCUCAUGAUAUCGCACCCAGAACCGUAGCCAGGCACGUGUGUCAGAAACAAUAUAGGCUACUUACAAAAAGCAUUAUUUAAAACGCUGUUAAUGUCUAUGAGUAAGAAGUCGGCUAGAGAAAUAUGCGCUCGGUUUUAAAAACUUUAUGUAGAAUGAAAAUAUAUGUAUAUUGAAAUUGUAGUAUUUCUGCUGUCAUGAAACUGACCAGGUACAUCAUGUUCAUAAUGGUUUGUCUGAUAACUAUAAAUAACAGAAUAUCUUCAUAAGAUAAUUGAUGCACUCUAUGUAGCUGAUGCUCAUUAGAUGAGAAAAACAAUCAAGAGUGACAGAUGUGUUAGCGAUCUUAAUGAAUAAUGUGAAUAACAAAUAAACAGCACAGUACUGGCACUCCGCUUUGUAUCUGCUGCUCUGAAGACGACGAACAGCGAACUAACAGGUCAUUCACGCCGAUUUUGAUCUGUGCUGAAGGCCAGGUAGAAUUUUCACAACUGCCUGAGCCUGUUGCUGUUUGAUAAUAAAAAUGUAAAUUUGAAGUUACUAUCGACUUAAAAGAAAUGUGCUUUUUGCUGCAAGAUUGUUGUCAGAGGCUGCUGUGAUUAUGUAUGUAUGUGUGCGUGCAUUUAUUUAUUUAUUUAUUUAUUUAUUUAUGUUCUUUCUUGUUGGUGACGGACACAGUCGGAUUUGAAAGAACCAUCAACACUCUACACAGCGCAUUAAAUAGCUCCCUAUGAAGCUCGCGCACACCCUCGCGAACAGCACGCUCUUGUUUCGGUUGAUGCUGUCCUGCCCCUUGUAUUUUCUCUCUUCAUCUGCAUAUCUUCAUUACGCAUUGUCGUGCUUUGACUUUAAUUUUCUUGUAUUCCUUAUUGGGAGGAAAAUUUUUACUUGAUCCAUAUUCUCUCACAACAUAUUAGCAUAUUACUAUUUAAAAUGAACUGAGUCAAGGCAAUCAAGUAUAAUUUGACUUAUACAGUUAGCAGAUAUAGGGUUAAUAUUGGCAUGGAUAGAAUGGACAUGUGAUCAAUUCACUGCGGCCAAGAUUUUAUUUUUCCAAAUUUGUGUUUGCAUAUUUUCAUUAUAUGUAACAUUUACUCUAUGUUUUCCUUUCUAUAUUGCUGUUUGCUUUUCAAUUUGUUGUUCUCUAAAAGUACUCAAAUGAAAUGCUUUCUGUGUAUGUCUACCUUUGUGUAUACUUCCUUUUUGUUUACUAUUUUUUCUGAUAUGGAUUAAUAUAUGUGGGUUUAUGGAUAUACCGACUACAUAAAAGAAUAUAAAAAAUACAGGUUUAUAAUGAUUGUAACAAACCUCUAAAUGUGCCCAGUCCUGGACUGUAUUGUAAACAUAUCACAACAUGUUUGUAAAACACAUUUUAAUUACCCGUUUACAGAAGCCAGCAUGUACUAAUAAGCAAUUGCAGCAUCUUUGGAAAUAAAAUACAUCCUGUCAGAAACACUGCCACAGAUUAGUUACAUUACCUACCUCUGAUAAGUUCUGAAAAGCAAAAUGCAAUUGAGAUCUUUUACAACUAAAGUGACUGAAAUGGGCUAGACGUUUUUUAAAAGAUAUUUAUGGACUCAGUCUUGUACUGUAUGGAAAGGCAUAGCAUUGCAAUACUAAAUAAUACAAUUCAUCGUUCAUUCAAGAAAAAAAAGAAAUUAUGUCAUUUCAGCUUUUUUUU